UUGACGCUGGUACCUGUCACAGUCUCCUGUCUCCGCGGUGUCUCGCCGAAAUGCCGGUUGUCUUCAGACUAACGGGGCGACAGGAUCCCGUCAGUGUCCUGGCUUCCGGGGGCUCUGGUUCAACUUGAGAUCAACUCCCGCACACUUCACGCGUGUCUCUCCCCGGUCCCCGGGGUUCUUCUCUUCUGCAGCGGCCUGCGGAAUGAAGUGUAGCCGACGUGGAUCCCGGCUGAUGGACCGGGACCGUGAGGAAGACGAGCCCGCUGCAGCCCGACACGGUGACCUACUUACCGCAGAGCUCCGUGGACAUCUCUGCUGCGGUGCGGACACAUCGGACUAACUUUCAACCUUGGGACAGCAAUACGUGACCUUCAUGCUGCUAUAGAACUGUCCUCAACAGGACGUGUGAAUGAACAGACCAUGUUCUAUGCAAAAAAGGGAACUAAAUCAAAUGCAUGACGAGCAGUGCAUGCUGGAUCUUUUGCAACGCUAGAGGGAACCAAAAGGAAAAAUUAACCAAGCAGGUGGCCCAAGUUUAGCUGGACUAUAAACCAGCUCUGCUCUUUGGAUUAGUCCACAGCUCUCGGGGCCCACAGAGGAGCCGGGAUCAAAGGUCUUCAAGCUGGAGGAGUCUGCAGAUUCCUUAUCUACUCAUUAGCAAGAGACUGUGUGGUGAUCGAUCACGAUGCUGUGAUAAGGCCGUCAGCCAAGCAAUACACACAAGUGCUGUGCAGGAAAAGUUAUCUUCAAAUAGACCGUCUGCACACUAAACAUUAUGCUUCUGAACUGUGGCCAUCCGUUGCCUCUUCUGAGGCAUACGGAUGUUCCGCCGCGGGUCAUAGAGAACUUCAUCCUGACUGGCUACCGCUUCCCAAACUACAGCCUGAGGGAUUGCCUCCUAUCGGCAUUCAGGCCGACCAAUGAAACGGGCAACUUCUGGACACACUUCCUCCCAUUUUUUAUUUUUUUAUACUAUUUUGUGGAGGUGUUCGGUUGGGAAGGUGCGCCGCAUGGCGACGCCCCUUUCUUCUAUCCUUUGUGGAACUACUUUAUCGGGGUGUUCUGUCUGUUGAUGGCUAGCAGCAUGGCCCACCUGCUCAACUCGAUGUCUCUGGUGGUAAGGGAAGUGUGCUUCUUUGUGGAUUACGGCACUAUCAGUUCCUACACUGUUGGCUCAUCGUUGGCGUACUACUACUACAUCCACCCUCGGGCGGGGAUCGUGGAGACGGGAGGCCGAAAUGGCUCUCAUAUGGACUUGAAACUUGAACAUGCAGGAUCUCUUACAUCAUCCUAUGCAAUCCCAGAUUUCUGUCUGUUUUUUGAAACCUUCUACAUCCCGUCCGCAUGCGUUGUAGCAAUCAUUUGCGUCUUAUCUUGCUGCAACACUCGCCAGAGGUGGAGACGGCAUCGGUACGUCAUUCGAACCUUUGUUUUCCUCCUCCCGUUCCUCAUCUCCUCCACGCCGGUCUUCUACCGCCUCCUCACCAGAUCGCCUUACCUCACCACCUCCUCCUCCUUCUCAGCUUCCACCUCCACGGCCAGCUUCUUCUAUCGCCACUGCCUCUGGCUGCUGAUGUCGGCCGUCUUCAACAUCAGCAAGUUCCCCGAGCGGCUAGCCCCGGGCCGCUUCGACAUCUGGGGGCACAGCCACCAGUGGUUCCACUGUUGCACGUUUUUAUCCAUCCUCGACGAACUCCACAUGAUCAAGACCGAGGUGAGGGCCAUCCUGCUCAGCCCGACUCUGCUGCUGCCCCCUGCCAUCCUCUCCCGCCUACCAGGACCCACCAUAGCUUCCACCUACGGGGUGAUGUUCCUCCUCCAGACCACCAUCAUUUCUAUCAUUGUGUGGUUCUCCUGGCAUGCCAACAGCAUCCAUGGACCCGAAAGAGACCAGCUGGCAAAGGAACACCCCAAGAAACCCCUGAAAUGCCACUGAUCACAAAGACAUUUUUUUAAUUUUAAUUGUUUUAAUCCCAACUGUUAAGGAAGACGUGCACACGCAUAAAAAGCCACAAAGAGAAGCGCACAAGUACAACAAUAUUUCCCUCCUAAUUUCAAGUCCUUCAUAUAUUCCAAUCCCUUCAACAGCUUUUUUUUCAAGCUUUUAUGUGUGGAAAUCUGGGACGAUGGGAGAUGAAAGGAUUAUAUUCUGGGCUCACUGCAGGGUGGCUGUCUGGUUGAGUGGAUAUUGGAAGACCUUGCCAGUUCUUUCCCCUGAGCUCAUCCAGCAUGUUCCAACAGGAUGUCUGAGCCCUGGCGAUAAUAACUACCUCUAGGGACUGUACACUUGAGGACACUGGAAAGGUGUUGGUACCUAGAAGAACUGUUCCAUAUCACAUUUGGGUAAUGUAAGCGUGAGCAUUUACAAAAGUUGCUGAUGUGUAGUCUGUUGUGAAGAAGUUCCUCCUGUUGCACUUCCUCAGAUCUUAACCAGAAUCUUUUGAAAAGGACCUUUUCUUUCACAUUGAAUGAAUCCUUUUCUGGCCUUUGUUGACCCCACCUCCUCUUCCUCUUGAUGCUCGCACGCAGUCUCACUUCCUCUUUCGAAGUGACCCUUGCAGCAGGAAGUGGCGUGGCCUUGACAACGCAACAGAAACAGCUGAGCUCAUAUCAGCCGUACAGUGAAGCCGUGCUCUCUUCUAAACCUUUAAGGACGCCUCUCAUGACUGAAGGACCGGGUCUAACUAACCUUCACAUCCACCACCAUCCUGGGCGUGAGCUGCUCGGGCAUGAGGAUGGUGUAGCGCUCCCGGCCGGUCAGUCCCAGGCUGUCCGCCGUGUCUCCUGCCAGGUUGCAAAGACAUGCCCCUCACCAGGAGGAAGGGGCCCUUGGCUGCCCAGUCUCUGGAGCUGCCAGAGCCGUACUCCUUCCCUGCUAGAACCAGCAGAGGGACGCCGGACUGCUGGUAUCGCUCUGCAGCAUCAAACACAUCCAGCUGGACAAACGGGGCCAAAGAUGCAAGUGUUAGUCCACAUGGAAUAGUCCAUGAUGUGAGGCCACAUGAAGCCAGCAGCAGGUAGAAGGUUCCCUGCGUGUUACACUUGUAAAGAUACAAGAAUGACUCGAGUCAAUGGUUCGAGGUUAUAGAGGCAUGCUGACCGUCUCUCCAGUUGGCAGGUGGAUGGUUUGUGGCGCCUGCUUGUUCAGGAACUUGUUAAAGAGGCGGAUGUUGGCGAACGUCCCUCUGGCCAUGACGGCGUCGUUACCUCGCCGUGAGCCGUAGGAGUUGUAGUCCCGAGGGCUCAAGCUGUCAAAGCACAAACAUGGUGAAGCAAGCGCUUUAAUGGACGGGCACAACACCGCUGAAGGACAUUAGAAAGUAGAGGAACCUUUCCCGUCCACGCUCCACGCAGACUCACAGGACUCAAAUGAAUGCCGAGUGGCCGCUCACCCUCUGUUGGUGAGGUAGCGCGCUGCAGAGCUGCUCCUGGCGAUGUUCCCUGCAGGGGAAAUGUGGUCGGUGGUGACCGAGUCUCCCAGGUUCAGCAGCACGCAGGCGUCAUGGAUGGACUGGGGCGGCUGCAGCUUCAUGGUCUGAAUAAUGACGCAGCAUGCAGUAAAGCACUAUUUUUAUACUGUAUUCUAAUAUAGUCUUCAUUGAUCUGCCAGUGUUGAUACAGUUUGUGUGCAACGUCUUAACCUGCUGCAACACAACCAUUUCCCAUUGAUCAUUUGGGAUCAAUAAAGUACAACCAUCCAUCCGUCAGUAACAGCAGAGCUAAGAAGUCCAGAGCAGCCAACAUUCACUUUGUGUGUGUAGACGUCAACAGAAUCAAAACAAAAUGACAUUUUAAUUGUAUUGUAAGGAAAACUUAUAUAAUGUGAACUCUUCAGCGUAAUGAUAAUAAUUAAAUAGAAUGUGAAACA